AUGAAAAAGUUGAUAACUCCACGAUAAAUACAAGUUGUGUGGUUAGGGUUCGUCGUCGAAAGCCUGAAGUACAAUGGCUAACGCACCAGAUCCUGCAAACAGCAAUCUUCGUUGUGAGAGGCACGAGAAAGUUCUAAAGUAUUAUUGUGAAACAUGCAAAGUCCUUGUAUGUCGAUACUGCAUGGAACUUGAUCAUCCUCGGCCUGAACAUAAGUCGUUCCCUUUGAUAGACGUUGUUAGACAACGCAAAGAGGCGUUAAAUAAAUCUUCCGGUAUAUUUGAGAAGGAAAAAAACGAUGCAGCUGAGAGUUAUUACAAGAUUGAUGAGGCAAAGGCGAUUCUAAAGAACAACGCAACAAAAGCAAGAGACGCCAUUAAGCAGCAACAACAGAAUAUGCUGAAUGCGUUCACCAAGAAACUCGAGAAAGAAACGACAGUCUUGCUUGACCAAGUUGGGAUAAAAUACAGAGAAGCUAACACGCUGCUGUUGAAACAACAAGCCGACGUGAAAGAAUAUUUUGAAAAGGCAAAACGCUCGUUGGAUUUUACCAGGAAUAUUCUUUCCCGUGGAAACGCUAAGGAACUCGUUGCUGAAAAAGCUGGGAGCAUUGAGAAUGAACGACCAAAAUUUAUGGAGCCAAUCCACGACGGCCUUCUUGAAUAUCAUCCAAAGGCAAAGCCAACCGAAGACAUCAUGAAGAAGUUGAAGUUCAACGACUUAGGAAAAAUUGUUUACCCUGCUGUGCAGUUCUUGUUUGAAAGUUCAACCAUUUUGGAGGGCAACAUUGAACAUGCGAAGCGACUUGUGGAGUGGGUUGAAGAUAAGAAGUUUAGUUGGCAACUUUGUUAUCGAGCUUCACGUGAUGGUUGGAGAGGAUGGAAUUUUCAUGACAGAUGUGAUGAUGUUGGACCUACAGUGACCUUGGUGAAAUGCGGAACCAACGUUUUUGGUGGUUUUACUGACAAAAGUUGGGGAAGACCACGGGCACAGGGAUUAUUCAUGACUUCUCUGAGAUAUUGCCAUUCAAACCAGUCAUUUCUAUUUUCCGUAAAAAAUAAAGAGAAGCUGCAUCCAAUGAAGUGUCCGAUCAUUAAUGGUCAAAGUUACCAAGCAAUCUACCGUGAACCUUUCUCGGGAGCCAGCUUUGGUAAUGGUUAUGAUCUGUUCAUCAGCUCCAAUGCCAACAGAAACCAAGAUUCAUACAGCAACCUUGGUUACACAUAUCAACCUCCGCCAGGAUAUAAACCUGGAACCCCUCAAACCAGAGCUCUAUUGGCGGGCAGCUAUUAUUUCAAACCAUCAGAAAUUGAAGUUUUCCGCAGUUAAGCGAAGGUUUGCGGAAUUUUCAAUCUUGCGAAGCUGACAGAACACUGAAGUCAUGAGUAAAAGUUCAUUCUAAAAAACAAUUAAUCCAAAUAGCUCUAUAUUUAAAGAACUAACGUUGAAUGCAUGUGAAGCAUUUUCACCACAGAUACGAUUCGUCGCGAGCAUACAAGUGAGUCGAGGUUUAAUUAAGGUGUUUUAGAAUAAGUGGUCGUCGAGUUGUUUUGCGGUCGAUUUUGUGGAGUUCGUUUAUCAUACCAUAUUUAAAAUAAAAAAUAUUCGAAUCGAAUGUAUUAAAACCUCUUUUCCUGUGUAUAAUAUCUUCAAAUAUACUGUAAUUAAACCGUGUAUUCAUAUGAUUUGGAAU